AUGGCGGAGAACAUUGCUUUCAGGGGCAAAUCCACUGACGACCCUAACAAGCAUAUCACCAAGUUCAUCCAUAUUUGCAACACAACAAAGAUGAAUGGAGUGACAGAUGAGCAGGUUCGACUAAGGCUGUUUCCUUUCUCUUUAGAGGAUUCAGCAAAGGAUUGGUUGGAGAGUUUGGAGCCCGGAUCGAUAAGAACAUGGGAUGCUAUGGUGGAAAAAUUUUUGGAGAAAUUCUACCCCCCUAGUGAAGCUAUAAAGAGACAACACGAGAUCAUUGCCUUUCAGAUGACUCCUACAGAGAAUAUCAGAGACGCAUGGGGGAGGUUUAAAUCUUUGAUGAAACGGUGUCCCAACCAUGGGUUAACCCCGACAGUCCAAGUUAUUACAUUUUUCAAGGGAUGUGUGCCUGAAGCACAAAGGGAGUUGAACUUGAGCUCAGGCGGUAAUUUUCUCAAGAAAGGGGUAAAUGAAGCCAUGGAAGUAAUAGAGGAACUUGCAUCUAAUGACGAAGGAUGGAGCAAUGAAAGGAGUAAGAUGCAUAGGGUAGCGUCUACUACAGAUCAUGAUCCUAUGAGCGCCCUAUCUGACAAGCUGGAUGCGCUAACUAUGAAGUUUGACUGCAUGGCAAUGGGGCAACCGACUCAAGAGCCCCAAGGAAAUAUGGAGGACGUUAACAUUGUGAAUCAAGGGGGCAACAACCGUUACUACAAUAACCAACGUCCCAACUUCCAAGGUAGAGGAUAUAAUCAGUUCGGGAACAGGGGGCAUCCCAAUCUCUCUUAUGGGAACCCCAAUAAUGCUCUGUAA